CAAUAAGGAAACUUCCUCUUAACCUCUUCAUACAUUCAUCAUGACCUGCAAGAGAAGAAAUAACGGACGUAACAAGCACGGACGUGGUCACACCAAGUUUGUUCGCUGUAUCAACUGUUACCGCUGCUGUCCUAAGGACAAGGCCAUCAAGCGUUUCACUAUCCGUAACAUGGUCGAAGCUGCUGCCGUUCGUGAUCUUCAAGAAGCUUCCGUCUACGAAGAAUAUGCUAUUCCUAAGUUGUACGUCAAGCUCCACUACUGUGUCUCUUGCGCCAUUCACGCUCGUGUUGUUCGUGUUCGUUCUGCUGUCGACCGUCGCAACCGUCUUCCUCCUCCCAGAUUUAGAUUCCAAAAGGCUGCCAACAAGGCUUAAAUAUUUUAGCUUACUCAAAUUGGAACGUAUGAUUUCAUCUUUUUCAUUAUGAAAAGAUAUUGAAAAAAAGGAGGAUUAUUCUUUUUUUUAUUUUAUUUGAAUAAAUAACGAUUUGUUGGUUAUUGUUCGGAUACUCUA